AUGACAUUGGCAAUUGGCUUGGUACUGCAAUUCAUCGCCGAGCAUAAUGAUCCACAGACAGUUGCACUUGGCCUUGAUGACACCCUCGUGUUGCAGCUUCGUCGACUAUGUUGGCUCUUUGCACAGCAGAUUCGUGCAUAUAUGAAGACCGCAUAUGCAGAGGGCGGCCUGACAGCAGAUGAAUUCUCAGCAUACUCAGUGAUGACAGGCCUCGUGGAGGAGCCAGUGAUUGUAGAGCAUCGGAUGGUGUGUAUGCUGCGAAAGCAAAUGGAUAAGGCCAGUAGGUGGAUCGAGCAAGGCCAACCUCAUAGGUGCAAAAGGAUCCGACAUUCUGUGAGGGAUGUCGUGGUCAUGCUCUCCGCUGAUGCAACUCUUAACGAUGUUAACGAAUAUCUGACUGAUGACUACAUGCGACACUAUCGGGAAAAGGUAGAGUCGAGUCCUGUGCGAACAGCAGAAGCUGCAUUGCUGAUCUUCCAACAGUUGAUCAAGACUACAUCAGCACCUGCCGAUUCUCAAGCAGCCACGGCUGAUAGCACUGCUAUGCAGCCACAGGCCUCGUCUCAGCUGCAACGUCGCUGA